GCAGGACUUCAAAAUCAAAACACCAGUUUUCCCAAUAGGAGACUACACCUCUGUGUCUGAACUGAUCAAUUAUGAAGAGCAGUCUUGGAAUUUGGGGCUACUACAAACUCACUUCCUGCAGGAAGAUAUGAACAACAUCCUCAGAAUUCCCAUUCCAAGGGUGAUGACGAGGGAUGAGAGAGUAUGGGUUAUGAAAAAUUAGGGAGACUAUAUUGUUAAGUCUACCUAUAAGCUCUGGUCAAACAGGGAUGAGGAGCAGAGGGGGAAUUUAUUCUACAGUAAACUGGGACAGACUCAGGAAGCUUCAGAUACCACAAAAGGUAAAGGUUUUUGCGUGGAAAUGGGAUAGAAACAUCCUCCCUACAGGGGCUAAAAUUGUUGAACGGAUUCAAGAAGGAAGCGAUGGAUGUCCUUUUUGCGGUCUCAAAUAAACUCAAGAUCACAUUUUCAGGGAUUGCGGCUGGGUUCGACGAGUUUGGCGACCUAGUCCACUAUUAUCUUUGUUCUUGAAGGGAGAGAAUCUUACCUCUGAGGAGUGGCUGUGCGAGAUGCAGGAGAAAGAGGGAGAUGAGCAAAUCAGACAACUCCUGGUGGUGCCCUGGUUCAUAUAGGAUCAGAGAAAUUGUCAAUUAUGGAAUAAACCAAAAAUGGAGGAAUGGGAGAUUUAGCAAGAGCAUGCAGAUGGCUAGAUGAAUACCUGGAAGCACAGAGAAAGGGAGAACCCGCUGCGGAGGAAGCAAUCUCACGAUGGUCCCCGUCGGCGACGACUGAGUUCACAAUCAACGUCGAAGCGGCCUGUUUGACGGAUCAGGGAACUGGGUUGGGGGUGAUGGUGAGAGACAAGAAGGGCGCCUUCUGUCUGGCGGCGAUUAAGCGAACGAGGCGAUGCUGGGAUCCAGAACUCGCUGAAUCGAUGGCGGUGGAUUUCGGGAUAGAUUUGGCCGACCAGUAUCAUUUCCUCGCCAGUGAGAUCCAGACAGACUGCCAAACGGUGGAAAGAAUGAUGAGAGGAGAAAGACAGUCGAAGUUGGAAGUAGGUCGGGUUUGUGAUGAAACAAAGAAGCGGGCUUCGGAGAUGGGCCGCUUUGUUUGGAAGUUUGUGGGCCGAAAAUUGAAUGAGCCAACACAUAUUGUGGCCCACUUGGACUGUGACUGGGAAGGGGAAAGAAUUUGGGUAGAUAGUACACCAAAUUCCAUUGGGCUUCUUCUUCAAAAUGAAGCUAGUGUAACAGACUUUUCCCACAAUUAAUUAAAGACAUAAGCAUUUCCAUAAAAAAAAUUGCUAACGUGAGAGUUAAUUUUUAUCCCCGUCAGAUUAUGUUUAGGUAAAUGUAUUUAUUAAUUACUUAACUUAAAUAAACCAAAUAUUUUUCAGUUAUAAUUUUGGAUUUGAGAUUUUUCAUGAAACCGAUACAAAAUAAUUGAUAAAGGUGAAGAGGUUUAUGAAUAUAAUUAUAAUUGACCGUCUAAUUAAUUAUUAGUUUAUUCCUCAAAUUUUCAUUUAGGUAUUGGUUUUUUCUUAAACCAAUGAAAUGUAUUUCACAAUCUUCAUCCAGCGACUAGAGGUUCAAAAUUUAAAACCAAUAACUAGAUAAUUUUUUUUAUAGAGUCUUUUUUUAUUAACGAGAACAAAAUUGAGAGAUCAUACCAUCUUAGACCUGAUUUUGUGAUGUAUAGUUUUCUUUUACCAUAACGGCAAACAUACAAAUUCACUUUCUUUCUUCAUGAUUUUGUUUGGUUUUGAUCAAAUAUUAGUGAGAAAAUUAUAUUGGUGCGAUGAUAAUUUUUAUCAAAACUUCAUUUGACACUAACAUAUUAUUUUGUUCUGUUGUGCCCGUUUCAGUAUUGUUUUGAUUUUUUUAAGUUAAUGCAUAGGUUAUUAAGUACUAUAUUUAUGGAUCCUAUGCAUUGAAAAAAAUAUUCACCUUGGAGAAUCAUAUAAUUGACAAAACAAUUCUCCAGUACGGUCUUCAAACAACCAAGUAAAUGGAUGGAAUUUGGUGCAUAAUCUCAUUUAGUUACAGCUAACACAAAUCUCAAGAGCUAUAAUUAGAGAUUUUCAAUUUCUCACAAAUUCCGCGGACUAUAUCUCAUUCGUAUCAACUCCGAUUUAAAAAAAAAGGUUUAAAGAAUAGAAAUUUGCCAAAGAAAAUUUGAAGAAGACUAUGAUGAGUAAUUUUAUAAAAAUUAUACAACAAUAUCAAAAGACAAUAAUAGUUAGGUAAUGAUCUACCUCUACUCUUCUGUUAUUUUUAACUUCGAGUUCAUUCAUUCGAGAGAAAACAAAGAACCCACUAAAACAUAAAUUUUUUGGCCAAAUGGUUAAUCUCAAUUAUUGUUAUUUUAUAGAUUCGGAACUAACUGCGAGUUGUAGACAACAUUGAUUAAUCUAACUUUAUUUGUUUGUAUUGCGAGGGAGCUAGAUUUUGGGAAUGCAUAUUGAGAAACUACUCCAAGAUACUAAUAAAUGAGAGAAACUUCACCUCCUCAUCGCAUCCAAACAGAGAGCUUGCAGUUAAAUUUUCAUAUCACGCUCACUAUUACAACAUCGCGAAGUUUUGAUGAUUAUGAAGACGAAGACGAGCAAUCUCAGACAAAAUUCAUGAAGUGUGCUUGGUAAAUUUAAGUUCUUGAAAUUGAAGUUUUAUAAUUCUAAAAAUAUUGCCAUUAAAUUUUUGCAUUCAGUGAAAUGUAGGAGAAGAAGGAAGUGAUAUGCUCAUAGCGGAGGUAGUGAGUUCAAUUAUGGAGAUAAUGACCUUAUUUAGACAAAGGAAGAGAUUAUUGAUGGUCGAUAUAGAAAUUUCAGAAAUGGGAGGAAAGAGUGGAUGAUUGAUAAUAUUUAUGAUUUGGAUGAAGUAAAAUCCUACUAUCGUGAAAAGAUAUUUCCCAUUUUCAAACAUUUUACCAUUGAUGGGUCGUUUGCUUGAGGGUUUUGAUGAUAGAUUUGGUGAUGGAAACCCAUCCAUCAUGGACUUGAACGGAAAUCCAUCGUUUACAUUAAGAAUUUAAGAAGAUGAAAUUCGUGGGGCCUAUGUACUUUAUGGGUCCAAAUCCUUGGGUCCCAUGAACUUGAAAGUUCCACAUCUUGAACUGGGAUUUGGCUGAUGGAUUUAAAUGCAUGAUGGUAAUUUACCCUUCUAGCCUUAAUUAUUUUUAAUUACAAAUUUGUCCUCUUAUUUCAUUAUAAUGGGUAUGCAAUUAUAAACGUUUAUAAUGUCAUAUUUUAUUUAAUAUGAGAAUUUAUCAUUUUUUUAAUAUCAUAUUUUAUUUAAAUAUGAAUGUGUAUGUGAUUUGUUGGAUGCAGGCUAAAUUACACGUUUGAUCACUCAAAUAACAUAAAUCUUUCAUGUUUGCCACCCGAAUUACUUUUCUUUCGUAUUCGCCACUAACUUUACGAAUUGUUUCACCGUUAGUCACUAGGCGUUAGUCUCCGUCAGAUUUCGUUAACUCCGUUAGUUUUUUGAUGAUGUGGCAAACGAAGUUGCUGACUAGACUGUUAAAUUAAUGACAUGUCAAUUUAAAAAAUAAUUAAUUUUGGUCCACUCCGCUUCCUCUAACUCCAAGCAAGUCGGGGAACCCAACAAGCUUUGUUGUUGGCUGCUGCGAUUGAGCAUGUGGGGUCUUGCUAUAACCAUCACAACCCUCAAUUAAAACAGGGGAUCUUGAAAGUCUGGAGCUUCGGGGGAUUCCUCCAUCGCAAUUACUGUAUGUAAUCACCUGCGUGUUCCCACCACUGAUGCAGAGCACAACCGGGUCGUGCGCCCCGGUCACAAUCCGACCAAUCUCAAUUUGGGCGACACAAUGGUUAACCACAACAAUUGGUUUCUUUUAGAGCAGCGAGAGAACCCGAACUACCACGCCGGACACCUGCAACGGCGCGUCCAUCUGAUCUAAGGGCCCUUGGUAUAGCAGAGACAAUCAAUGUCAUCGAGAUUCACUUGGGCAGCGGCCUCCAAGGCGGAUUGGACAAAGGGGAAUCACGUGCUGGAGGUGGUGAUGAGCGAUUUCUCAGGAGAGAAAGCCAUGCCCAAGAGGAGUGAUGUAGGUUAAUUAGUUUUUAUUUUUUUAUUUUCUAAAUUGACAUGUCAUUAAGUUGACGGUCCAGUCAGCAGCUUUGUUUGCCACGUCAUCACAAAACUGACGGAGUUAACGAAAUCUGACAGAGACUAACGGCGAGUGACUAAUGGUGAAAUGAUUUGUAAAGUUAGUGGCGAAUACGAAAGAAAAGUAAUUCGAGUGA